AUGAACCUUCUUGAGUUGCUGAUUGUUGACGAGGCUGCACAGCUCAAAGAAUGUGAAACCUUAAUUCCGUUGCAGCUGCCUGGUAUAAAGCAGGCUAUUUUCAUCGGAGACGAAUAUCAGCUUCCAGCUCUUGUGAAGAGCAAAAUAUCUGACAGUGCUAACUUCGGGCGAAGUAUUUUUGAGAGAUUAAGUUCAUUGGGCUACAGUAAACAUCUUCUGAAUGUCCAGUAUAGGAUGCAUCCAGAAAUAAGCAAGUUUCCAGUUGCCACAUUUUAUGAUGGCAAGAUAUCUGAUGGCCCAAAUGUCACUCAUAUGAACUAUAGCAAGAGUUUUUUAGCAGGAAAAUGGUUUGGUCCAUAUUCAUUUAUAAAUGUAGAUAGCGGGCAUGAAACCACUGAAAAGAAUGGCCGGAGCCUCAAAAACACAAUAGAAGCUGCUGUCGUUGUGCGGAUGGUGCAGAGAUUGUUCAAAGAGUCAGUUUCUACUGGAACCAAGCUCUCUGUUGGUGUUGUUUCCCCAUACAAUGCUCAAGUUAGAGCUAUCCAGGAAAAGCUUGGGAAAACCUACAGUACGUAUGAUGGUUUCUCAGUGAAAGUAAAAUCUGUGGAUGGUUUCCAAGGUGCGGAGGAAGAUAUCAUUAUCAUAUCAACAGUCAGGAGCAAUGGAGCCGGUUCAGUUGGGUUUCUUUCAAACUUACAGAGGACAAAUGUGGCUCUGACAAGGGCCAAGUACUGUUUAUGGAUAGUGGGGGGGAACGGGACAACUUUGUUCAGCAGCAGUUCUGUUUGGCAGAAAAUUAUCAAGGACGUACAGGAUAGAGGAUGCUUUUUUGACGUCAGUGAUGACAAAGAUUUGUCAAAUGCAGUAAUAAAGGCCACAAUCGAGCUGGAUGAUGCUGACAAUUCAGUGAAAAUGGAAUCGCUGCAUAUUAGCAGGCCCAGGUUUCAGAAAACAAGGCCAAAAUACAGUCCAUGA